GAACAAUUUCCACAAGCCCAACGUGCUUCCUUCUUCAUUGGAUGAUUGCCCAUGGGAAGUUGUGAUGUCAACAUUUGGCUCGGAAGAAUACGGAGAAGAGCCACUUGGAUCUAUCUUUGCUCCAGACGCAGACUUCCUUGUUCAUCUCAACUUCAUCACAGGGAAUUUGAUGUUCUGGGUCAUGCCAGUAUCUCCUGUGGCAUUUCUUUUGCAGACAGUUGAAGUAACAUCUGCUAUCCCAUUUGACACCUGACUCAGAUUCCCAAAAAUCCUUUGGUGCUUCUUAGCUGAACCGUGCAUUUGAAAACAGGGCCAGAAAUAAGAAGCAGCAUCCAAGGAAGUGAAGCAAAAGAGAAAAGAAAAACUAAAAAAAAGGAGAGGACAAAAAAAAAAAAAUCGAUACAGCAAGUUCACUAGUUAGGCUAAUUUAACAGAGCCCAAGGACCGGAAGAUGAAGGUCAAGCAUGGAUGCAACAUCAACUCCGGUGAGCUGGACACUAGCAGGUACUCUGCUCCUAUGCCGGCAAUCGGGCUUUACAUCGCCGGUGCUUCAUUGACCUGCCUUGUGCUAGCAACCAUCGACACGAUCACUGGCUGCAAAGCGUUUGGCAAGAAGCCAAGGCAGAAAUUCUGGUUUCCUUGCAAAUGGUUCGGAAUCAAUUCGGCAACACUAACCCUACUGUCAGUAGCCACUAAGCUACCAGUAGAUUUAAACACGGCCAUGCCCGGCCCUCACCACCAGCUCACCAAGCUCAGCGGCACGGUCAUGUUGUCUGUCGCCACAGCCUUCUUCUUGCCUGCCUUUGGAACCAUGAAAAUCGAAGAUAAGCUCUCAAACUUGGCUGCCCUUAUCAUUUUGAUCAUCACUGUGGCUGUUAACAUCUGCAUACAGAUGGGAACAGGGGUGAUCUUUGCCUUCCUACCUGAGCAUAUCAUCGUCCUAGGCUUUAUGUUGUUUAUGCUGGUGAGCGUAUUCACUGCAACAAUCAGCAGCGAGGGAGUCAAAGAUGAGUUGGAAAAAAGCUCUGACAAAGUUUUAGGGAAACUCAACUCUGUGUUGGAAAGCUUGAAAGAAAAAAAGGCAAAUUCUGUGAGCGAUAUUGAAGAGGGCGCGCGCUUGGGGAAAGAGGGGCUUAAGCGCUGCUUGUACAUGAAGCAUACCGCGUACGCAAAAGAGAUAGGGCAUGCAACCAUUCGCUCCCCAAACGGCAGCGCAGUGGCAGUUCUCUCGAUUCUAAGCACUUUGGUUCUGGUGGAAGCGGAGGUGAGGGCACUUAUCAUGUGGCUGAUGGCACGAGGAAGAAGAGGAAGCGGAGGGAUGCAAUUGUUUGGGCUUCAAUUCUGCAGAGGGGAAUCUGAUUACAGAUGGCCUAUGUGGCUUAUCUUGGCAUCACAGACCCUCUUUGUCAUCUUAACCACCAUUCCCCUUCUCUUUAGGUGGUUCGAAAGCGUCAGGUUUGUUCGCCACCCAAUCAAGGAGAUGCUGAAAUGGCCACACCUUCUAGCAGUCGAGCUGAAGCGGCUUAGUUUGUCAAGGAGGAAGAUUCUAGAAUUCUUUCUCGAAGAGAAGGAGGCAGGGGGAGGGGGGGACGGGCGUCAGCGUCCUCCUCAUACCUAUAUUGGCCGCUUGCUGCAUAGUACAAAGAUGUUCUUCGUUUCUCUGCAACUCUUGGGAUCGGUGAUGAGCUGGAUCAUAAGCCGUAGCUCCUCUGCUCCUCUCUGUUUGCUCUUUUGGUCGCUUAAACGUCCCGGUGACUCCCAAGAGGGGAAGAUGCGCGACCACAUGGUGGUGCAUCUAGAGGACGAGGAAGACUUUGGUAAUUGGAUGUAUACGCACUAUGAGUCUGAUGUUGAUAAGGAGAUGGGGAAAACAAAUGAUCCCUCUACUACCAGUCCUCCGCAUGGAAAUGACAGUGAUGGAAAGCAUUUGAAAAAGAUCUUAUCUAAGUUCGACUCAACGACAGACCAGAUCAUCGAAAAUGAGAACGAUCAUUUUAGAUCCAUAUUAGAAAUGAUCGACAACUUUCAACGACCCAAAUGCAUGGAAAUCGUGCUUGGGAUGGUGAUAAUUGCUAACAAGCUUGCGCAGGUUGAGGUGGACAGGAACAAAGGCUAUAAUUGUCUAUGGAACGUGAAACCAAACCAGAAUUUGAACGGCUCGCCACCCCAGGAUGUCAAGAUUGUUGAGCAGUUUCUUCGAAACAUCGACCAAUAUGUGCCUGGAGGGCCCUCGGCAUUUUCAGGUAUCCCUGCAAGUUCGGAAAUUGAUCACUCUCAAAAGCUCACGUCGAUUCACUUGUGUAGGCAAUUAUCGAUGCAGCACCCACAAGAUGAUCGCAAGUCUCGGGAAAAAAUCGAGCUGUUUUUGUUGGAAACCUUGAUGUCCGCAGAACAAAAACUGCAAGACCAAGAACUCCAACUCCAGCAAGUCGGAGAGUACAUACAGUCUAAAUACCUAACCCAGGUUGCACGAGUGAUGGUACACACUAUCAACCAUGUCUUCCCUGCAGCAUCAUGUGCCAUCUCCUCCAUUAAAGAUGGAACUGAUGAAAACAAAAUUAGGGAGGUGGCGCAGAGCACAUUUAGCAUCCUCUGUCUACUUGAUCCACCCAGAGAACCUCUCUUUCCCAAGCUUGAAGGGCCCAAUCAUUCGGACAGUGCUUUGAGCAAGGGGUUACCUCCCACAGAGAGACCACCACAUAGGAGGAGAAACAAUGUCAGCUUUACUUGUCUUUGCGCCUCCAUUUCCCAAGUUCACGAGCAUUUCAAGGGAGAGGUUGACGCAUGAGCGAAUCUGGUUCUUAUAUUUUAAGUUUUAUUUAUUGUUUUGUUUUGUUUGGAUGCAGAUCGAAGGAACCUUAUAAAGGUGUUUAGGCCUCUUUUGUAAGCAGUCUUGAUGAAAAACAUGUGUUAUCUGCUUUUCUUCCGGA